AAAAAGAAAUUGAAAGAGAGAGAGCGAGAGGGAGAAAGAAAAUUGACCCGCAGUUUCUCCCAAUGUCAAGUUAGGGCUUCCAACAUAAUUUCAAGUGCUUUCUUAUCUGCCUUUUAUUAUACAAGAAUAAAUCUCCAACCUCCUUCUCUUCUUCUUCCUUCUCUGCAGAGCUAAGAAAGAGCGAUGCAAAUAUAAGAGCAUCAAAACAAGUCAUGUACCCCCGCCCCAGAUCAUCAUGAAUUUAAUAGAUUCAUGAAUAUUAAUUUGGCAUCUAAAAAUGAAGAAGAAUUUCAGCUCUGAAGAAGGGUCCAAGACCUCAUCCACAAGCCAAUAUAAUCACUCUUCAAGCCAAAAAGGGCGCGGCGACGCCGAUGAAGAUCAAGAAGAAGAAGAAGAAGAGGUGGACAAAAUUAUUAGGUCAGUUGAAGGCGGUAGUACUAAUAAUAAUGAAUUAGAAAACAAGGUGCAGGGUGCAGAAGAAGCUGCUGCAGGUAGUGGUGUUGUUGUUCCAUCUUGCAGAUCUGUACGUCGUCCUUAUAGUCGUUCUAAGAUGGCGAGGCUCCGAUGGACUCCCCAACUCCAUCUUUGCUUUCUUCGUGCUGUUGAAAGACUUGGAGGACAGGAUAGAGCAACACCAAGGCUGGUUCUUCAAUUGAUGAACAUCAAAGGCAUUAGCAUAGCUCAUGUCAAGAGCCAUCUUCAGAUGUAUAGAAGUAAGAAGAUCAAUGACACCAAUCUAGAAAUGCCAGAGCAAGGUCUGUCAUUGGAAAGUGGGGCUCAUAAUUUCUAUUUUCCUAGUCAAUUCCCCAAACUACAUAGUUUCAAUCAAAGAUCUUUAUCUUCUUUAAGUUAUGGGGAUGCUUGCACUUGGAGAGGUCAUGAUAACCAGAUUUGUAGUCUAUACAAUAGUACUAUUGAUAGGUGUGGACUCAAUAGAGCAAAACAUGGACUUUAUGGGUCAAUCACCGAGAGAGUACUUUUUGGAAGACUCAAAAACAAUUCAUUUAAUGGAGAUUCCCAUUUGAAUACUACUAUUUCUUCUCUCAACAACAAAAGAAGAAGCAGCAGGGGUACUCAUCCAACUAUACUACUUGAUGGAGGGGUUGAGUCCUUUCAAAGAUGUUCAAGGAAACCAAUAUCAGGUGAUCAAUUGAUGAACAAUGGAUCUUGUGACAGAAAUUGUAGAGCAAUUCAAGAAGACGAAAACACGGCGAAACGGAAGACAUUGGACUUGAAUCUCUCUCUGAGGGUGAAUGAGAAGGGCAUGGAAGGAACAAGUGAUCAAGAAGAAGAAGAAGAAGAUGUUGUGGAUAGUGAUUUGUGUCUUUCUUUGUCUUCAUCAUCUUUAUCCACAACAAAGCAUGCAAGGAAGACCAAGGUGGUACUGCCAAGUACUCUGGAUCUGACUUUAUGAAUUUUGGACAAAAAAGAAAUUCUAAGUGAGAUCUUGAAGUACUUGUUCAUCAAAACCUAGCUAGCAGUGGACAAUGAUCCAUAUUGUCUCUCUAUUCAAGGAGGUAAGAAGGUUAAACUAGUAUGAUUUGUUUUGUUGUGUUCAAUGUUUUAUGUGCAUGAAUAUCAAGGAGUAGAUGAAUAUAUGUUUAGUUUUACCAGAUAUGGACAAUAUUGUGGGAAAUAAUAUUGUUUUUCAGUGUUAGAAAGAUUAAUUAAUGAACUCUUGUACUGACCUGUUUGGUAGAGCUUAUUUUGAAACUUAUAAGCUAGCUUAUGAGCUUCAAAAUAAGCUUUGUCAAUGACAAUUUCUUCUUGAUUAAC